CCCAGUCCCAGCGAAAGCCGCGUGCGCGAAGACGAGCUCCUCUUCGGACUUACCUUCUCCGUCUCCGUUCCCGCGCCCCCUUCCCUCUAUUCGUUCAUAUUUGCCGCCAUUCUUCUCCCUCCCCGUUUCCGUUCCCAUUCCAGCUAACGCCCUCCGGUGUCCUGCCCGAAACCGUUCGUAACGCACCGUUGUUAGAAGAACCGAAACGUUACCAAGUCACCAUGGACGGCAAUGAAGAGAAUUAUUUCCAAUUCCAAGCGCGAGAGUCGGAGAGGAGAGGAAUUUAGGGUCGGAGUUGGGGUUUUGGUCGUCAAUCGAUGAUUGAGAGGAGGAGAGAUGGGGAGAGGGAUUGAGGGCGGCGGCGGCGGGAUAUGGGAUGCGGGAGCUCCAGGGCGGAGUCCAGGGUGGUGUCGCUGUGCCGGGAGAGGAGGAAGCUGAUCCGGGCGGCGGCGGACCGCCGGUACGCCCUCGCGACUGCCCACGCCGCCUAUUUCCGGGCGCUCGCCGCCGUCGGCGACUCGCUCGAGCGGUUCGUCCGGGAGGAGCUCGCGGUGGCGCCGUCACCCCCCGGGUCGCCGGUGCUCACCCUGCCAUCCGACGGCAAGGGCAAAAGCAAAUCUGUGAGCUCCGCUUCCGGCGGCGGUAGUGGUGGCGGGUCAUCCUCCGUGACGCCGCUCUCCCACUCGCUCUCCGAUGACGGCUCCCCCUUGCAUCUAUCCUCCGGCUCGGAGGCCGGCGCGAGCCCGGAGAGCAAAGGAGGAGGAGGAGGAGGAGGAGGCGGCGGCGGCGGAGUAGAGUCGUCGUCUUCCCCUCCCGGGACGGCCUCGGCCGCUUCGAGCCCUAAUUAUUCAUUCAUGAGGUCAUCGACGGCGAUCCCCACCAUGUCGUAUGAGGACCCCAAUACCCAACAAUGGCAGCAUCCUUCUAACAGUGGAUAUGGAUACGGAUAUGAGUAUGGGUAUGGAUUUGGGUAUCCACCAUAUGGUGUACCAAUUGGAUCUCCGCUGCCGGGUAAAGAGAAUUCCUAUUAUUAUGACCGGCCAAUGAGUCCUCCAGGGUCGGUGGCAGCAGCUCCUUCAAGUCCUCCACCGCCGCCCCCCCCUGAAGGCUCUGCUUGGGAAUUUUUUGAUCCUUUCAAUACUUAUGAGAGACUUUUACCAGAGUAUGGUGGUGAAAGGUAUGGGGGGACCUCUUAUGUGAGCAGUCCUGAUUCGAACGAGGUGAGGGAGCGGGAAGGGAUUCCUGAUCUCGAGGAUGAGACAGAGGUCAAAGCCAUGAAGGAGGUGGGGAAAGAGAAGAAGGUUGUGAGAGAAGAUUCAGGAGGGAAGGAAUCUAGUAUUGGCAGCUAUAAGACCGAAUCAACGCAAGAAAAGGGAGAGAAGGAUGAGAAGAAUGGUAAAAUUGGGUCAGGGGAUAAAGAGAGUAAGAGUAGUUCAGUGUCAAGCAGACUAAGGAGCAGCGGGGAGGAUGACGGAUCCGGUGGGAAGAAAAAGGGAGUGAAAUUUGAGGAAGAAACAUCAUUUGUUACGGAGGAGAGCGGGCCAAGCAGUGGGAAAGCAUCGUCCACUCCUAGUGGUGGGAAAUCGUCAUCCACUCCUAGCAAUGGGAAAUCGAUGUCUGAUCCAAGCAGUGGAAAUGCAUUAUCUGCUCAUGGUACGAGAGAUGUGGCAGAAGUUAUGAAGGAAAUUAAGGAGCAUUUCAACUCAGCUGCUAAUUAUGGGGAAGUGGUUUCAAGGAUGCUUGAGGUUGGCAAGUUGCCGUACCGAUCAAGAAGUAGAAUGUUUAGAGUUAUCUCUUCCAGGAUAUGGCGUCCUAUGGCUUUUACUAUGUUGGCAUCUUCACGUCCUUCUUUCAAGCGUUCACGACAUUCAGCUGCAAGCACAAUCAGGAGCAGAGCCAGUAAUGGCAUUUCUGACAAGCACAUGGAUAUGAAGUCUGGCAACCUUUCAUCAACUUUGGAGAAGUUGUAUGUAUGGGAGAAGAAAUUGUAUAAGGAAGUUAAGGAUGAAGAAAAAUUGCAGAGCAUUUAUGACAAGAAGUACAAACGCCUGAAAGCUUUGGAUCGUGAAGGAGCAGAGUUCUAUAAAAUCGACUCCACUCGAACAUCAGUAAGAAAGUUACGUACCAAAAUAAGCAUUCUAAUUAAAUCAGUGGAUGCCAUUUCAAACAGAAUGCACAAGAUAAGAGAUGAAGAGUUGCAGCCCCAACUUACUGAAUUGAUUCAAGGAUUGGUUAAAAUGUGGAAAUCUUUGCUGGAUUGUCAUCGGAAGCAGUUACAAGCCAUAGUUGAUAGCAAAAGCCACAGUCUCAUGGCAAAGACCGGAAGCCAAAGCCAAUCAAAUGCAAAGGCUACCAAGGAACUGGAGGUGGAUCUCUUGCACUGGUGCCGUUGUUUUAAGGAAUGGAUCAGCACUCAGAAAGCUUAUAUUGAAGCAUUGAAUGGAUGGUUAAUGAAAUGGCUCCCAGAAGAACUGGAACAAACACCUGAUGGGGUUGCACCUUUCUCCCCGGGCCGGAUUGGAGCUCCUGCUGUAUAUAUCAUCUCUAAUGAUUGGUUCCAUGCAGCUAAAAGUAUUUCUGAAGACAAAGCUACUGAAGCAAUGCAUGAUUUUUCUGUGGUAGCACAUAAAUUAUGGGAGAGUCAAAACAGGGAACAGCACCUAAGACUAAAGGCAGAGUAUCUGUCCAGAGAUUAUGACAGAAAGCAGAAAUCUCUGCAGCAGGUCAGUGGGAUGAAUGAGCGCAUGGAUAUAGUGUCAGUUACUGAGAAUGGUGGGGAACACCGUGAUGAUCGCAUGACUGAAUUGGACUCGAUGAAGAAAAGAUUGGAAGAAGUGAAAACCAAACAUGAGGAAAUUGUUAAGCAAGUCCAAGAUGCAGCUUCCAGUAUUUUGCAGACUGGUUUAAUUCCUAUAUUUGAAGCCUUGAAAACUUUUAGCUCAGAGACACUCAAGGCUUAUGAGGGGCUUAGAUUGCCAAACAAAAGUGGGCCAUAAGCACACAAACGUAUAAACAAUUAUAGCCAAUUUAUGUUGGGUUUCAACCAAGCAAACCUCUUCUGGUCCAGCAAAAGAAAUAUGUUCAAGCAAAUCACUCUGGAUCAAAUUAAGAUAGCACUUCUCACCGUUGCUUGUGGAGCUUACUGUAAGGUGAGAUCGCCAGAGUGGUUUGGGACCCCUUUUAGAAAGCCAUUCUAAGUGUGGGUUCCUUCAGAAACCUUAGGGUUGCUGAUUCAACAGGAAGCAUCUUCAGGACAGUUAGAGAGGCGUACAGCAUUCAUUUAUUGGUUUAUUGAUCGGUUGGUAGGGUUUCUAGAGGUCAUGAUGGUUGCUGUUGGUUGUGGUUGAUGAUGAGGUAUAUUCAAGCUUCGCAACUGGCUGAUUAAUCAAUAGAAAGGUAGUGACUGCAUUCUUCCUCUAGAGGUUUGUAGGCUGCUAACAGCAUUAUACUACUAACUAAACAGGGAACGUAGGCUGCUUUUGAUACAUUCACAGUUAAUGUUGUAUAGCAAGCUGAAAAGGAAUUUUGUUUAGACCCCCAGCAGAAUGGUCUUGGAUCUCAGUCAUGCUUUGCAGAUUUUUUAGGCUGCUGGGGUUAGUUCCAUUGCUGGAUAAUUGAUCAGAUGGCUGGUAAUAAAUCGUAAAUAAGGAUACCCGUGGUGCAGUAUCACUUGUAAGAGCUCAUGCGUGGCCGGCGAAUGCCCUUAGUCUGUAUACCCUUGUCUCUUCUGUUAUAACUUGCUGAGAAGUGUGGUUUCUGUCUUGCUCUAAAUUUCAUAAUCAUAGUUGAAGAUUCUUGCAUCCCAAUCCCAUUUCAGAAAAAGCAGAAUAUCGCCUUUUGUAGAUCCUCUUUGAUCAAUAAUUUUGUGAACAAUUAGAUAAAUGCUUAACCGAAAAUACUGUUUCAUGUUCCCAUACUUAAAA